AUGGCGCUGGCCGCAGCCAGCGCCGUCUUUGCCAGCCCUGUUCAACUGGAGAAGAGAGAUUCCUUCACCAUUGAGCAAGUUCAGCGGGGUACAUACCUCAAGGUUGGACCCGAGGCUCUGAUCAAGGCUCUCCGCAAGUACAAGAAGCCCAUUCCUCAAAGCCUCAGGGAUGCUGCUGCCAACUUCCGCGAAAACCAAACCCUCGCUGCCGCUGCCGCCGGUGGCUCUGGAAGUGUCACUGCAUCCCCUUCCGACUCUUAUGACAGGUCUUACUUGUGCCCUGUCACUGUUGGUGGCACGACUCUUCACCUUGACUUCGACACUGGAAGUGCCGAUCUCUGGGCAUUCUCUUCCCUCCAGUCCAGGAGCCAACGUGGAAGCCACGCUUACUACACCGUCAACCCUUCCAAGCAGCUUCAGGGAUACUCAUGGAGCAUCUCCUACGGCGAUGGCUCCGGUGCAUCUGGAAAGGUGUACGCUGACAAGGUCACUGUUGGCAGUGUAACAGCUACUUCUCAAGCUGUCGAGGCCGCCACCUCCGUGUCGGCCGAGUUCAGCCAGGACGUUACUGAUGGACUCCUCGGUCUUGCCUUUAGCUCCAUCAACACCGUUGAGCCCCAGGCACAGACUACCUUCUUCGACACUGUGCACGACCAGCUUGCCAGCCCCCUUUUCGCCGUGACUCUCAAGUACCACGCCGCUGGCACCUACGACUUUGGCUUCAUCGACAGCUCCAAGUACACCGGCUCUAUCACCUAUGUCAAUGCCGACAACAGCCAGGGCUUCUGGGCCUUCUCCGCCUCUGGAUACAGCGUCGGCAACAGCAACACCAGGAGCUCUAUCAGCGGUAUCCUCGACACUGGCACCACCCUCAUCCUCGUUGAUGACUCCAUUGUCAGCGCCUACUACUCCCAGGUCAGCGGUGCCCAGUUCGACAACUCCCAGGGAGGCUACACCUUCCCCUGCAGCGCCUCGCUCCCCACCUUCUCCAUCACUGUCGGUGGCGUUAAGCAAACCGUCCCUGGAAAGUACAUCAACUACGCUCCUGCUAGCGGAAACAGCUGCUUCGGCGGUAUCCAGAGCAACUCUGGCAUUGGCUUCAACAUCUUCGGCGACAUCUUCCUCAAGAGCAAGUACAUUGUUCACGAGAUGAGCGACAACGCCAACCCCAGGAUUGGAUUCGCCCAACAGGCUGGCGUCUAA